UCGGCUCUUAUAAGAGGACUCGUCAACACCUUGAAGUUAUGGGAAUACCUCCGAGCACCCUGUAUUGCUAUACAGAUUGCUCGAGAAUAUUUCCCUUAAUCUUUAAUUAAAUUCCCCAGGGCAAAGGUAUGUGGUCUCUGAUCAACAUAGCGAAGUGCGACCUGGACUUGGAGACUGAGGCCAUACUGGUGGAGAUCAGCCGGAACAGGAUAAACCGCACCCACGACGGCAUCACCGCCAAAUUAGACGUCUCCUUGAUAAUCGACGAUUCUUACGGGAUCCUCAUAGAUGUAUGCAAAUUCGUGGACGGUGGUUGUAAACAGUAUCAGAUCAUAUCCGACGACAGUAUCAUAAAUUUGAUAGACAAAUACGCAAAGGAAAACGUCAUAAGAGCGUUUGAACUGGCCAAAAUCGACCCACCGGAGUUCCCUGUAUAUGAAGGCAACUACGCCAUAGAAGACUUCAUAAUGGACUACUGCGAGUUGCCGACCAACUGUGUGUUCGGUAAAUUUGAAGCCCAAGUGUUCCUGGUGAGCAGUGAAAGUGUCAGGGUCGCCUGUCUGAAGGUGGUCAUCGAGUUCAACGCGCCAGAGGACGACGAAAACGUUUGCGAGUAGCCAUUAUUAAAAAAAUCCUCAAAAUAAAAAAUGAAUCUUUUUUUUAAUAUUUUCCAA